CUUUCCCGUAUGCAAUCUUUCUGUUGGGAGCCUACUAUAAGUUGGCAGAAAUUAACCAGUAAAAUCUUGAGUUUCUGAUCAGUUUGCAAAGGAAGCAGAAUGGAACGGUGGCAAAAUAAAGUGGCUGUAGUGACAGGAGCUAGUGCCGGUAUUGGAGCAACCAUCGCCGCGGAUUUAGUAAAAAAUGGUUUGAUUGUUGUUGCAUUGGCUCGACGCGAAGAACGCCUUCGAGAAAAUCAGCGUGCUCUUCCAGAAAAUCUACAAUUCCGUUACCAUCCCAAAAAAUGUGAUGUUAGAAAUGAAGACGAGAUAAAGGACACCUUUACCUGGAUCGAGACUAAAUUUAAGGGGGUUGAUGUUUUUGUUAACAAUGCCGGAGUAGUAGCGGCGGGCGUGGAGCUAACAGGCGCAAAUAAUACUCAAACUAUGCGCAAUAUUGUAGAGACGAACAUUAUGGGUGCUCUCUAUUGUGUCCGGGAGGCGUUUAAUUUGAUGAAGAAGCGCAACAUCGAUGGGCAAAUUAUCAUUAUGAAUAGCAUUGCUGGACAUCAUAUUCCCGUGUCACCUGUAGGACCGUUGAACAUGUAUCCUCCUGCUAAGUUUGCAUUGACCGCAAUGGCUGAAACCUACCGUCAGGAAUUCGCGAACGCUGGAACGAAAGUUAAAGUUACUAGUAUCAGUCCUGGGGGAGUCUUAACUGAAAUAGUCCCGAAUAUGCAAAAGUUGAGAGACUCGGGUAUAUCACUUUUGAAUCCUGAAGAUGUAUCUAAUGCCGUGCUGUAUGUAUUGAGCACGCCUCUUCAUGUCCAGGUUCAUGAAAUAAUAAUCAAGCCUCUUGGAGAGAAAUUGUGAGCAAUUACAUACAUGGACAAUUGUUGCAUUUAUCUUGAACUUUUUAAAAACUUG